AUGUCAGUGACCCAGAGGCAGUGUGAGGCGGAGGGACCGUCGGGGGGCGCCGCUGCCGCCGCCUCCACCAGUAGCAGCUCCAGCGGUGCGGCGCGAGCAGAUCUGUCGCGAGCCCUCCGGGAACGCAGCACAAAGCGGGCCCCUCGCCUCGCCCUCCGUCCGCGUCUCCUCAGCGCCGGGCGCCUGGGCCAACUUCCCCUUCAGCGAGCUUGGCUGCUGCCUGGCGAGGCAGGCGGCGGCGGCACGCCGGGUUGUCUGCUCGCUCGUCCCCCCCGCCUGCCCCCCAAACCCCCGCGCACACUCACUUCAUCCCCCCCCCUCGCUGCGGGUCCGGGGAGCCGUGCUGGCAUUCUGGCCACCAGCGAUUGUCCGGAAAUAAUGCAAAAGGUGUCUCAAGGCUCCUGACCAGUGAACAAGAAUUUGAAAAAGACAGCCAAGCCCAUGUUUUCUCCUGAACAAGAAAAUCAUCCUUCCAAGGCACCAGUAAAAUAUGGUGAACUCAUUGUCUUAGGGUAUAAUGGGUCUCUCCCAAAUGGCGAUAGAGGAAGGAGGAAAAGUAGGUUUGCUUUGUUUAAAAGACCUAAGGCAAAUGGGGUGAAGCCCAGCACGGUGCAUAUUGCAUGUACUCCUCAGGCUGCAAAGGCAAUAAGCAACAAGGACCAGCACAGCAUAUCAUACACCUUGUCUCGGGCCCAGACUGUGGUGGUUGAAUAUACACAUGACAGCAACACUGAUAUGUUUCAGAUUGGUCGGUCUACUGAAAGUCCCAUUGAUUUUGUGGUAACUGACACGGUUCCCGGAAGUCAAAGUAAUUCUGAUACACAGUCAGUGCAAAGCACUAUAUCACGAUUUGCCUGUAGGAUCAUAUGUGAACGAAAUCCCCCAUUCACAGCACGGAUUUAUGCCGCAGGAUUUGAUUCAUCAAAAAACAUCUUUCUUGGGGAGAAGGCUGCCAAAUGGAAGACCUCAGAUGGGCAGAUGGAUGGCUUAACCACGAACGGCGUUCUUGUGAUGCAUCCACGCAAUGGGUUCACAGAAGACUCUAAGCCUGGAAUAUGGAGAGAAAUAUCAGUGUGUGGCAAUGUUUUUAGCCUACGUGAAACCAGAUCAGCUCAGCAGAGAGGGAAAAUGGUGGAAGUUGAAACCAAUCAGUUACAAGAUGGCUCAUUAAUUGACCUCUGUGGGGCAACAUUGCUCUGGCGCACUGCAGAAGGCCUUUCCCACACUCCUACGGUGAAACAUUUAGAAGCUUUAAGGCAGGAAAUCAAUGCAGCACGACCUCAGUGCCCUGUGGGGUUCAACACACUAGCGUUUCCUAGUAUGAAGAGAAAAGAUGUGGUGGAUGAAAAGCAACCAUGGGUGUAUCUAAACUGCGGCCAUGUGCAUGGCUAUCAUAACUGGGGAAACAAAGAAGAACGUGACGGAAAAGAUCGUGAAUGUCCCAUGUGUAGGUCUGUUGGUCCCUAUGUCCCUCUGUGGCUUGGAUGUGAAGCUGGAUUUUAUGUGGACGCCGGCCCUCCUACCCAUGCAUUUAGCCCAUGUGGGCAUGUGUGUUCAGAAAAGACAACUGCCUAUUGGUCCCAGAUCCCGCUUCCGCACGGUACUCACACUUUCCAUGCAGCCUGUCCUUUUUGUGCACAUCAGUUGGCUGGUGAACAAGGCUACAUCAGACUUAUUUUCCAAGGACCUCUAGACUAACAGUUGUCCUCCAGGACUACAUGAUAAAUUUAUAAGCUAAGUGAGUUGGGUUUUCCAACCUGUUGUCCAUGUCACAAUUUCUCUGCUCUGGUCGUUUGCAUUAAGAUGAAAAAUUUUUUAAAACAUUUAUAAUAACUACUAGCAAUUUAUGAACAAAAAAACUGGGAAACUCAGCAAAGGAAUUUUUGAAAGUACCCAGACUUCUGAAUUCUGAGUUUUGAAAAUAUAUUUUGAGGAGAAAAAGACAUAGUCUAAUUUGAUGCCUUUGUUUUAGUGUUUUUGAAUCACCCAUCCUCAGUGUUAAAAAUUUGUUUUGUAUAACUGAGGGUACUGUUGGUUCAAACUAUGUUAGUUUACAGUUUGUUGCAAACAUUGUAAAAUACAGCAAUGUGUAUAUUAACUUUUUUAUAUUUAUCUUUAUUAUAGAAAAUGUCUUAGAAUGUUCUUGAUAGAGUAGCAUGGUAAUGGUGGUUUCACACCUUCAGUGUGAAUGGUAGCUUAGUGAGCACAUAGCUGAAGGAUUUGCAAAGUUAGGAAGAAGGAAAAGAGAACCUCUCUCCCCACCCAUAUCUCAAUAGGGAAUUUGGUAAAUUAGAAUAUUUUGUAAAGCCAGAUUCAUAUUAAUCACCAUUGUGUAAAAGAUAUUUGUUUUUAACCACACUGAAGAUAAUCAGGAAAGAUUUUUUUCCUUAAUGUUUCUCUCAAGUGUAGUACUAUAACAAAAACUUAAUGCUAAGAAACAUUUUAUAUGCUCCUUUGAAUAUGCAAUUUAAUCUAGAUUAUCUAUUUUUCUCCCACAACAACUAAUCUGUUUUUAGUAUCAGCAACAUUUGGCAAGUUUAUUUUUUGGAUAUAUAAACUGUGGUUCAUCUGUUCACGGUUUCUAGAAGAAAAAAAAAAAAUCACUCCCUUGAGGAAAAGAAUAAAUUAACAAGAUAGAAGAGUGAGUUGAUUUGUAUUUAGAAAAACAAAUGUUCAAUUAAUUAAUGAUUCUGUAUUUAGCCCUAUCCAGGCAUUAAAAAAAAUCUAGAGAUACCAAGGGUUGGGUUACAAUAGUGCCCCUGGGUUUUGUUUUUGUUUCGUUUAACCUAGCAGACCGGCCUUAAUGAUAGGCUGAAAUCCUAAGGAGAGCUGCCGCGGCCUGACUCAAGGGAUUGGUUGGCAGAUGAGUGCCAGUCAGUGGUAGCAGCAUGGAAGGAUACACUUGCAUGGUCUGUUUAGGCUCUACUUCUGCUAAGUUCUUUGCUUUCAGAAGCAAGGGAAAUACUGUUGCUCCAGAUUCCCCUGUCCCUGUUUUAAAAUGUACCACAAGAAAAGUAGCCAGCUGCACUACAUCAGACUUUUUUGACACUUGUACAGAUCAGUACACUUUUAGAUUAGCCUUUUUAAAAAAUCUUUUGAUUUGUUUUCCUUUGAUUUUAAAAGUUGUAUAAUACUGCAUUGACUGUAGCAAAUUUUUGUAUGUGGUAGCAGUAGCUUUAAUUUAUCCUAUUACAACACCAUUCUGAAUUUUCUUUUGGUUUAAAAAAACAAAACUUUUUGCUUAGAAGCCAUGAAAUAUUUUAUUUUAUUUCAUCUGUCAAAAUUUCCUUGUUUUUAAAAUGAUCAUUGGGUUCACUCAGGAAAUGCAUGUCAGGAAACUUGUAUUAUAAGUUUAUUAGUUGCAAUGUAUCCAUAACUGCUGUUACCCCUUUUAAGGAAAUAUAAUUGAUUUUGAAGUUAUCUGAAUGGUCACAUGCUUUGUGACUAAUGCAAGGAAAUCCAGUCCUGUGUUGUAUUUGUUCUAGUCAUUUCUGUUCAGGCUAUAUAUUGUAGCUUAAUUUUUAUUUGCAAUUAAUUUAUUCAAACUAAGUAAAUACUUUUCAAAAUA